UCAUCCUUGGAUUGGGUGAUUGGGUAUUAUGGGCGGAGUUUACAAGACCGGUUUCUUCUGAGUUGUGCGGUACGCCAUUUUGAAGUGACAGAGAAAUUAGCGGUGAAACAGAAGAGUCGAGAAGCCGCAAUUUAAAGUUGUCAAGAUGGGAAAUAUAUUCGCGAAUCUCUUCAAAGGCCUGUUUGGCAAGAAGGAAAUGAGAAUUUUGAUGGUCGGGUUGGACGCAGCAGGAAAGACUACCAUCCUUUACAAACUUAAACUGGGAGAGAUUGUCACCACCAUUCCAACAAUCGGUUUCAACGUAGAAACAGUAGAAUACAAGAACAUCAGUUUUACAGUGUGGGACGUCGGUGGGCAGGACAAAAUCCGGCCUCUUUGGCGCCACUACUUCCAGAAUACUCAAGGGCUUAUUUUCGUGGUUGACAGCAACGACAGAGAGCGAGUGAAUGAGGCACGGGAGGAGCUGACGAGAAUGUUGGCUGAGGACGAGUUGCGUGAUGCUGUGCUGCUUGUUUUCGCUAACAAACAGGACCUGCCGAACGCCAUGAACGCGGCGGAGAUUACAGACAAGCUGGGGCUGCACGCGCUCCGCCACCGCAACUGGUACAUCCAGGCCACCUGUGCUACCAGCGGAGAUGGCCUCUACGAAGGCCUGGACUGGCUCUCCAAUCAGCUCAAGAACCAGAAAUGAGCCAUUCCAUUAGUCUGUUUGUCUCUUUGUAUGUAUGUAUGUAUGUAUGUAUGAGUGUGUGUAUGCAUGAGUUUCUUUGUGUGCAUGUGUGUAAGUAUGCGUGUGUGCGUGUGUGUAUGCAGCACUUGCUCAAGCCCUGACUGGCCAUACCAUUUCCUUUGCUCUCAAACCCAUCAGCUCCCAUUGAUCUCCAGUGUACAGUCAGUCUGGCUGUGGUGCACAUAAUUGUGUGUGUGUGUGUGUGUGUGUGUUUCAGACCUGAGGAUGUAUGUUUAUUAUGACUGUGUGUGUGUUUGUGCGGGAAGGCUAUGCCUGUGUCUGUUAGCUGGGACUGGGAGUGGGAGUGGCCCUGGCGUGCCUUUGAAACACUUCCUCUCCUCGUGUGGAACACCUCCGUAACCCCCGACCCCCACCCCCCCACCUCCACCCCAAACUGGCCCGAUGCACGGUUGGCCCGACCCAAUCCCAGCUAUCCUCCUCCUCCCUCUAUCUCUGUAAGCAUGGUUUUCAUAAGGCAAAGAAAGACCCAGGAUGCAAAACUAAUGCUGGGCUUCUCUCCAGAUCCGUACAGUGCUUAACUUAUGUCAUUGGUGUGCAGGUUGCAUGGAUAGUGGUUUGCAUUUAUAAACGCAUUGGCUGUUGUUUAUGUUGUGUUCCUGUGGUGUUUAUUCGGAAAUAGGCCCCACUUAAUGUCAAGGUAGAAAGAUCUCCAUGGGUAACCUGUAUCAGGUUGGAAGCAAGAUGUGAAAGAAAGUUAUUUAUCAUCCUUGAUCAUUCUUUGCAUAGCCUGAAAAUCAUGCAAGCGGUGAGCUUUCUGUUUUUCCCCAUUUGCUUCCACUGAAGUUUUGUCACCGUAAUUCUAACAUGCAGGGCGGUAACUCUCACAUCUACACUACCUUUGUUUGUUUGUUUGCUUUGUUUUUGUUUUUGUUUUGUUUUGUUUCAUCUGAGAGAGACCAACCAGCACAGCACAGCAAUGGGGGCAUCUAUGUUACUACCUUGCCCCACACCAACCCCUAACCUCCCCCCCCCCCCCCCAUUUCCCUAUCUCGAUUUGGUUCCAAUUAAAAAUUCCAAAAAACAUCACGCAAAUGUCACUCCAUGGUCAUUUCCCAAAUUUUGAAAAACAAAGAGAUAUAGUAUGUGACUUGAAUCUGUAUAACAAAUUGGAACUGAGAACAUUUCAGUGUCAGCUGUUGUGUGUUAGUCUGAAAGCAAAGGACACUGAGCGGAGGCGGAUUUCAAAACGUUACGGUAUUAAGCAGGCCAGCUCGCCAUUCCAGCAGUUUUGGUUGUCUGUAAAAGAAUGUUAUUACAAGAAAACCAGCAACAUCCACAGGCUACAACCAUUGCUCUUUACGAAAAAGAAAUGUUACAUCCUCGUUUUUGUGUUUAAUAUUUACAUUUUUUCUCUUUCUUUCUUUUGUUUUAUUACAAAUGUUUGACCUAACAGACUAGGGAAGUGUGGGCAUGUCUUGUGUAUGGAUGACGCAUCAGGGCCUACAACGGCCAGUGAGACUUUCUGUAUACAAGAUGAUUCCAACGUCAACUCUUUACCCCCCUCAGUAAAGAGUAGACUGUCGCCCACUGAGUCUCCUGAUAUUCUUUUCAAUGAAGGCACCAAAAUUUCAGUCAUACAAUGAAGGAAUGUUCUAGAGAGAAGUGUGGUGUGGUGACGAUAAAGUAGACUGACAACGAAA